GAUUUAAACAGUGAGUGUAGAGAAAGUCGAAUCGUUUUUUAAGGAAUCGGAGGUGGAUGUGUUACAUUAACAUCCUGCUUUUUAACUUCCCACUUUCUCAGAGUCUCUAAAGUGAGUCUGAGAUUUUGGGUAAGUGGUUUCUGACCAAGUCCCUCUCCCUCUUUCUCUGAAUCUCUCCUGAAAUCCAUCAUCGCCAUGAACAGAGGAAGAUUAGCAGGAGAAGGAUUCAGAGGAGGAAGAAGAAGAGAAGCUACAGCUGAAGAAUCUCAUUCUCAACUACCACCACCACCACCACAGCCACAGCCACCAUCUUCAACAACAAAUUCAGGUGGUCAAUUCCUUUUAAAUUUACUUCAAAAACCCAAUCAAUCUCAACAACAACAGAAAAACCCUAGUUUUACUUCAUCUAAUCAUACACUUCAUCAUCAACAUCACCAUCCACAGCAGCAGCAGCAGCAGCAGCAGCAACAUCAGAAUCAUAAUCAACAGCAGCAGCAUCUUGAUCCUGCUGUUGCAGCACUUGGACGUAGUAUUCCAUACCCACCACCAUGGAAUCUUCAAUCCAAUGGUGCAAUCGAUCCAUCAUCUCAAUUUCUUCCUCCUGGGUUUUCUCCUCCAAAUCCAUGGUCUUUACAAGGUCUACAACCUCCACCUGCUUCAUCUUCUUCUUCUACAUAUUUCCCUGGUCCAGUUUUUCCUGAUGAACUUUUCAGAUUAGGGCUUAUGAGUAAUCAUGCAAAUGUUACUCCAAACCCUAGUUUUCAGCAACAUCAACAGCAGCAGCAACAGAAGCAAGAUAGUAUAAUGUUUGGUUCUCUAGCUUGUGAUGUUCAGAAGGAUAAUGGAGUUGCUGGUUUGAAUGGAAGCUCAAAUUUUAAUGAAAUUCGGUCUAAUUUUGGAACGAAUUGGGAAUUAGAUCCUAGGAAUUCUAAUCAAGCUCAUCAAGGGAACCAGCAUUUGUUUCAUGAUCAGAGAAGAGGUGCUGGUGGUGAUGGAAUGGGUGGGAUGCAACUACAACAGCAGCAGCAACAGCAACAAUUUCAGAGAUCCACAAUAGGAGAAGCAAGGAGAGGUCCACCUGGUUUCGGACACAAGGAAGAUAAUCGUCAUGUUGAGUUCAAUCAUGGUGCUUUUCCGGAUGACAUUACUAGGAAGAAACAAUCAAAUGGACACGGCGGAUUUCAAGGGAAUUUGCAGCGGCUUAGUGGACAAUUUGAUCAUCCAGGUCCUCCGCCAGGAAGUAACUUGCAUUCUGUUCCAGCAUCAGCUAUUGAAGAAUCUCAAGCCAAAUUGCAUCAAAUUGGUGAAGGAAAUGGUAAUCCAGGGAUUGCAAAAAAGGAAAUUAGGAAUAGGGAUCAACGAGAUAUUCGCCGAGGGAUAAAUGAUUUGGCUGAACAGUUUAAAGGUUCCGUGGCUCUUGGGAAUAGAAAUGAGAAUAAUAAUGGCAUUAGGCAGCAUAAUAAUCAACAUGAUAAGAACUCCAGAGGACUUUGGGCUCAACAGCGGAUGAGAAAUUAUAGGGAAUGUCGAAGUGAUAUCGAUAAACUGAACACACCUUUACUUGAAAUAUACGAAUCUCUAGUACCACCCGAGGAAGAAAAAGCAAAGCAGAGGCAUCUGAUAGCUUCAUUAGAGAAACUAGUGAAUAGUGAAUGGCCUGGAGCUCAAUUGUAUCUUUAUGGAUCAUGUGCAAAUUCAUUUGGAGUUUCCAAAAGUGACAUUGAUGUGUGCCUUGCAAUUGAGGAACCUGAUGUUCACAAGAAAGAGCUUAUAGAGAAAUUGGCAGAGAUAUUUGAGGCGAAUAAUCUUGAGAAUGUGAAGGCUCUGACACGUGCUAGAGUCCCUAUUGUUAAGCUUAUGGACCCUGAGAGUGGUAUCUCAUGUGACAUAUGCGUAAACAAUGUUCUCGCUGUUGUCAACACAAAGCUCCUUCGAGAUUAUGCACAAAUUGAUGGUAGACUGCGACAAUUGGCUUUUCUUGUGAAGCACUGGGCUAAGUCACGAGGAGUCAAUGAAACAUACCGAGGAACCCUAUCCAGCUAUGCUUAUGUUCUUAUGUGUAUCCACUUUUUACAGCGUCGGAGGCCUGCUAUACUCCCAUGCUUGCAGGAAAUGGAGCCUACAUAUAUCGUUAACGUUGAUGAUAUUCAAUGUGCUUUCUUUGAUAAAGUUGAGAACCUUCGUGAUUUUGGAGCUGGUAAUAAUGAAAGUAUAGCGUAUCUGUUGUGGGCAUUCUUUGAUUAUUGGGCACAUCGUCAUGAUUAUGCGAAUUCCGUCAUAUCUGUUCGCACUGGGAGCAUCAUUAGCAAACAUGCCAAGGACUGGACAAGGCGAAUAGGAAAUGAUCGUCAUCUAAUAUGCAUUGAGGAUCCCUUUGAGACAUCCCAUGAUCUGGGUCGAAUUGUCGAUAAGUUCACCAUAAAAACUCUUCGAGAAGAAUUUGAUCGAGCAGCUGAUGUUAUGCAAUAUGAUUCAGAUCCUUGUGUAACCCUCUUUGAGCCUUAUGUUCCUGAAUCUGAUAAUCCCUGAUAUUGUUGGCAUUGCUAAGCUGUAAUUAUCUUUUUAGUCAGCAUUGUAAAGCCCCUUAUUUAGUAGUUUGGAAGUAGUUCUACUUCUGCCUUCACGUUUUGGUUUGGUCCUGUUUCCUUCCACAGUAAAUAUAUUAGUAAUGAUGGGUGUCAAGUCAGUUUUACUAGUUUGCUUUCCCUAUUCAAGUGUUGCUUCAGAGAGUGUCAGGGUUUUGUAAAACUUUUCUGCUGCUCUCUUUUAUAUACGUGUAUUACUAGUUUGGGUUA